UAUGAACCGCUUCUUUGCAAAGUGACCGGAUUUGAGCUUCGCGCUGCGUCAAGAGGAGCGUCUCAUCCCAGUCCAGUCUCAUCUCUCUCCUCCAAAUAUCUACCAGCACAGGAAUUUACCACACUUUAAACCCCAAGCGGAAGAGCUAUCACUAUUUUGCUUUCUGUUUAGUUUGGGGUGAUCUUGAGAGUUUGACAUGUCUUGCGCUGAGGCAUUGGAUCCCAGCCGGCGGUUCUGCGUGCUGUCGUGGGAUCAGGUGCAGCGUCUGGACUCGAUUCUGGGAGAAGCGAUUCCCAUUCAUGGACGAGGGAACUUCCCCACUCUGUCCGUGCAGCCCCGGCAGAUAGUUCAGGUGGUGCGGGCGCGGUUGCAGGAGAAAGGCAUAUGUGUGAAGGACGUGAGGUUGAAUGGCUCCGCUGCCAGCCAUGUCCUGCACCAAGACUCCGGACUAGGAUACAAGGACCUGGACCUCAUCUUCGGUGUUUCACUCAAAGAUGACCAGGCAUUUCGCCUCGUUAAAGACGUUGUGUUGGACUGCCUAUUAGACUUUUUACCUCUUGGUGUCUGUAAAGAGCGGAUAUCGGCGCUCACCCUCAAAGAAGCCUAUGUUCAAAAACUGGUCAAAGUCUGCAACGAUACAGAUCGCUGGAGUCUCAUCUCUCUGUCUAACAACACCGGCAAAAAUGUGGAACUUAAAUUUGUGGAUUCCUUACGACGUCAGUUUGAGUUUAGCGUGGAUUCUUUUCAGAUUUGCCUAGAUUCUCUGCUUUUGUUUGACCGUUGCUCGGAAACACCAAUGUCAGAGAGCUUCCAUCCGACAGUUAUAGGCGAGAGCGUGUAUGGAGAUUUUGGGGCCGCCAUGGAACAUUUGUGUCAGCGUAUCAUAGCCACGAGGAGUCCAGAGGAAAUCCGUGGCGGUGGUUUGUUGAAAUACUGCCACCUGCUGGUCCGGGGGUUUAGACCUUCCUCUGAAGCGGACAUGAAGCAAAUGCAGCGUUACAUGUGCUCCAGGUUUUUCAUUGACUUUCCCGAUAUCGGCGAACAGCAGAGAAAACUGGAAGCAUAUCUCCAGAAUCACUUUGCGGGAAUGGAGCACAAGCGUUAUGAAUGUCUGAUGACACUGCACCAGGUCGUGAAUGAGAGCACAGUUUGUCUGAUGGGCCACGAAAGGCGUCAGACCCUCAGCCUCAUCUCUAUGUUAGCACUGCGGGUACUAGCCGAGCAAAAUGCCAUACCAACAGUCACCAAUGUCACUUGUUACUACCAGCCAGCGCCAUAUGUACAGGACAUCAACUUCAGUAACUAUUACAUUGCACACGUACACUCGCCACAGGUGUCCACGUGCACUAACUCUUACCAGACAUGGCUGCCCUGUAGCUGAAGAGACUGUAUCAAACAAAUGGACUAUCAAAAAAAAAGUUGCCAAAUGUGACUCGAUUAAACCAUAUUGUACUGCUGUGCAUUUGAUUGAGCCAUCCUACACCAAUCAGGCAUAAGAUCAUGACUUAUUUCAGAAGAUGGUAUACAUUUAGGGGUGGGCGGUAUUGACAAAAAUUUAUAUUAUGAUAUCAAUAAUCAGAAGAUAUUUUGGUUAACACAUGUUUCAGUAGAGGUUUAAGUAUCAGGCAAUUGUGAAAGGACUGUAAAAUUACCUAUAAACAUGCAGAAAUACCACUUAAUAAAUAUAUAUACUGAUACUGAUAUAUUAUUGCUCACCUCUAGAUGCAUUCAGUAUAAGGGCAUUAUGUGAACUUCUUAGUCAAGUUUUAAAAUAGGGGAAAUAGAGGAGGAUUAAGAAAGUUUGAUGAAUGUGCAAUGUGUGCAGGCUAGAUGUAUCUAAAACAGGCAAUGCAAUGUGUGGUCUAGUCCAUUAAUGAUAGUUGUUAUUACCACUGUAGCUACUGCAGCUUAAGUGAAGAAAUAAAAAAAGUUUAGGAUGAUUCAGAAAGAAAUAUAUCAAUAAAUAUGAUUGUUUUAUAUGGGACUGCAUUUUGGGCAGAGGGUCUUAAUGUUAUGCCUGAUUGGUGUGUAUUCUUGCAAAACAUCUGUAAGAUUGCUGGUCAUUUCUGAGAUGUAGCGAUUGCAUUCUAUUUAAGUAUUAACGUCUUUACGAAAACUUUCUAACAGAAGUACAUUUUUGAAGUAAUGAUGACGUAGCUGGUUUUGUUUUCACACUGGCUUUUUGAUUACUUACUGGACCAAAGAUGUAUUUGUUGUUCUCAAAGGAAGUGUUGUCAAGUUUCCAAGUGCCUAAAAUGAAGCCGGACAAGUUCUCAAACAUCGGCUAUGUUUUGUAGAUUACUGUCUCGCUUUUCCAAAAACAGAAGCAUUCAAUUUUGUGACAUUAAAAAACAACAAAAUGACAGCCUUGGUAU